AUGGGACGCAAAAAGAGAGGAGGCAAAAAGGGCCGGAACGACGAUUGGUCGGACGAUGAGGCGGACGAUAAACCUGCUGCUGCUGCUGCUGCAGGAAAAGCCGAACCACAACAGCCACAACAAUCCCGCAAAGCCAAGCGUGCCGCCAAACAACAAGCCAAAAAAGCAAAUAAAAAACAACAAGAUUCGGACGACGAAGAAGAAGAUGACAUUGCCCUCUUAUUGGGAGGGGGAGCUGCAGCUGCUGUUGAUAGUGAUGAGGAUGACAGUGAUGACGACGACGAUGAAAUGAUGAUGCCACCGGUUGGUGGUAAAGGAGGACGCGGUGGUGGAAAAGGAGGAGGAGUUCGCAAUAAUAAUAAGAAGAAUAAGAAUAACAAGCCGGCUCCUAUGGACGACGACGACGACGACUCGGAAGAAGAAGAGGUCCCACAAGCUGCCAAAAAGCAACAGAAUGCUUUUGCCUUGGCGGCGGCGGACGAUGACGACAGUGACGAGGAUCUUGAUAACUUUGACGAGGAAGAAGAAGAUGAUGAUGAUGAAUCCGAAGUGGAACAAAUCACAUUCAAGAUUAUAGACGAGCCAAAGAAAAAGAACAAAAAGGAAAAGAAGGAGAAGAAAGAAAAGAAAGAGAAAAAGGAAAAGAAGGCCAAGAAGGAUAAGAAGAACAAAAAGGACAAGGGCGACGUGUCCCCUGACGAUUCCGAGGAGGAAAAGGCGGAAGAACCAAAGCCUGAAGAACCAAAGAAAAAGUCCAAAUUCGAGUUGCAAAUGGAGGCUGCCAUGAAAAAGAAGGAAGAAGAAGAAGCGGCCGAGAAAGCAUCAGGUGCUGCUGCCGAAAAGAAGAAGGAACCUAUACCAGAGACUCCUAAUCAACUUGCUGAAGAAAUGGAUGACAUGAACAUUGAAGAUAAUGUGACUGAGGCUGACAGUGAUAUCAUGUAUGGACAUGGAGAUGAUGUUUGGACCGAUAAGAGUCACGCCAUGAAGGAAUCCGAAAACCAACAAGAUGAUGGUAUCGACAAUAUGAUGUAUGGACCAAACGGAAAGAAAUUGAGUAACAAGGAACGCAAGCGGCUCAAGAAGGAACAGGAAGCUGCCGCUCGUGCCGCGGAAUACGAAGCAGUCGCCGCCAAGAAUUCCCGGGAAGGGGCCCAAUUUGCCUGUUCCCAAACCGCCGUCAAUGAAAAGGAUCCCCAAUGGGAAAACUCCUUGGAUAUCAAUAUUCCAAAUUUUUCCAUUUCGGCUGCCGGAAAGAUUCUUUUCAAGGAUGCUGCUUUGACCAUUGGUCAUGGACGACGAUAUGGGCUGGUGGGAGCCAAUGGAAGAGGAAAGUCCACACUAUUGAAAAUGAUUCAUUCCAAAGACUUGAUGCUACCACCCCGAAUCGAUUUCUUGUACGUUGAACAGGAAGUUGUCGCCGAUAAUACUCCUGCUGUAGAUGCCGUCCUCAAGGCAGACAAGCGUCGUUGGGACCUCAUGGAGGAAGAAAGGCAAUUGAUGAAAAAGGUUGACGCUGGCGAUGAAUCCAAUGCCGUGAUUGAACGAUUGGGUGUAGUCGUGGAAGAAUUGACCAACAUGGGGGCGGAUUCCAUGGAAGCCAAGGCCCGAAGGAUUCUUUACGGUUUGGGAUUCACAGUGGAUAUGCAAACCAAGCCAACCAAGAUGUUUAGUGGCGGUUGGAGAAUGAGAAUUUCGUUGGCUCGUGCUCUCUUUGUGGAACCAACCUUGCUCAUGUUGGAUGAACCUACAAAUCACUUGGAUUUGAAUGCCGUCAUUUGGUUGGAUGAAUACCUACAGACCUGGAAGAAGACACUAUUGGUUGUUUCCCACGAUCAAGAUUUCUUGAACAGCGUGUGUCAAGAGAUCCUUCACAUUGAAGACUUGAAGCUCAUUUCCUACAAGGGCAACUACGAUAGUUUCAAGAAGGCAGAGAAGGAGCGUCUGAAGCAACAAGUCAAGGCUUGGGAAAAGCAAGAGAAGCGACUACGAGAACUCAAGCGUUCCGGACAAAGUAAGGCCAAGGCCCAAGAAACAGUCAAGAAGAACGCCAAGCGUGAAUCUGGUGCCAGGAGUCAAAAGAAAAAGAACCAAGCAAUUGCUGCUGGAACUGAGGCUGCUGAAAUUACCGAACUGAUCAAGCGACCCAAGGAAUACACAGUCAAGCUUGAGUUCUCGGAAGUUCCUGAAAUUGGUCGCCCGGUCAUGGAAGUCAACAAUGUGCAUUUCCGAUAUUCACCAAAACACCCCGUCAUUUUCGAAAAGGUUGACUUUGGAAUCGAUAUGGACAGCCGAAUUUGUGUGGUUGGGCCCAAUGGAGCUGGUAAAUCGACACUGCUGAAGCUGUUGACGGGCGAAGUCAAUGCUACCAAUGGAGAUGUCAGGCGAAAUCCCAGAUUGAGAAUGGGCAUUUACAACCAGCACUUUGUUGACCGUCUUCCAAUGGGCAAGACUCCAGUGGAACACUUGCGUGAUCGAUUCGAAGACUUGGAUUACCAAACUACCCGAAACCGAUUGGGAAAGUAUGGAUUGGAAGGACAUGCUCAUGAAGUUGUCAUGAGAGAUUUAUCUGGUGGGCAAAAGGCUCGUGUUGUAUUUGUGGAAUUGAGUUUGCAAAUGCCACACAUUUUGCUUUUGGAUGAACCGACCAAUAACUUGGAUAUCGAGACGAUUGAUGCGCUGUGUGAUGCCAUCAAUGAGUUCAACGGAGGUAUUGUUGUUGUAACGCACGAUCAGCGGCUGAUCGAAGAAUGUGACUGUACGCUUUGGGUUGUCGAGAAGCAAGGAGUUACUCCAUGGGAGGCAGGUUUCGAUGAUUACAAGGAGACAAUCUUGCGGCAGUUGGAGGAAGAAGUCGAGAAGGAGGCACAAGCCCGACAAAAGAAGCUGGCAGCAGCUGCUGAAGUCAAGGCGGAGAAACUUGCCAGACUCAAGAAGCUUAAGAAGAAGUAA